CAGUCGAAUCCGUAUCGAACGACGGAGAACACGGUUGUUAGAAGUUAGAAAGCCACUCCUUUAUUAACGACUAUUCCGAGCUUGUUUUCCUUCGCGACUUCAGAAUAUCAAUUCGUGUUUUCAACGACUGUAAAGUAACAAAAGUGAAAUUGCAAUUUCACGGUUCGAGCAAAAGCAGGUACAUAUCGUACAUCGAUACAUAUAUACAUACAUAAUACACGGUUAGUGGGGACUUCGAAACGAAUAUUUAAUCCAUGCAUACGAUAGAUCCAUUGGUCAGUUAUCAUUAAACGAACGUUACGAUUGAAACUGCUGAAAAGGAUGUCUCUCGAUCAGAAAUUCGAGCAAGCAGCAGAAGCUGUAAAAACCCUCACCAAGCGUCCUACUGACGAGGAAUUUUUAGAAUUGUACGCAUUGUUCAAGCAAGCAUCGGUGGGAAAUAUAAAUACCUCAAGACCUGGUAUGUUGGAUUUGAAGGGGAAAGCAAAAUGGGACGCUUGGAAAUCAAAGGAUGGAAUGUCGCAGAACGAUGCGAAAGAAGCAUAUAUUAAAUUCGUUGACACAUUGGUGGAAAAGUACAAAUAAAAUAUUUAAUUACUUUGUCAUAUGAAUGCGACAAUGUUACAUUGGUAGAAUGGUUUAUAUAACGUUUUUAUACAAUAUCUUGAAAUAAAAUAAUCAUGCCGA